AUAACCAUCUCCUAGAGAAGGCUGAACUUCUAGCCAAGUUCUCAGAGAAGUUGAAGUUAGAGCCAGAUGAUGUCGCCUCCACCCAGAAUCAGGACUCCCGGGGGGAGUUCUCCGGGCCUGUCUCUGACCAGGUCUCAUCACCAGCCUCUCUGAAGGUGAAGUGGCAGGAAGAGGAGCAGAGACUGCAGCUGGUCUGUGGUGAGAUGGCCUACCAGGUGGUCAAGAAGAGCGCAGCUCUAGACACCCUGCAGUCACAGCUGGAGGAGCGGCAGGGCAGGCUGGAAGCCCUUCAGGCCUGCGUGGUACGGCUACAGGAGGCGCGGGCGCAGCAGUCCAGGCAGCUGGAGGAACGGCAGGCGGAAAACGCGGCGCAGAGAGAAGCCUACCAGGCACUGCUAGAACAAGCUGCGCACCAGGAGGCCGCACUGCGUAGGCUGCAGGAGGAGGCACGGGACCUGCUGGAGCGGCUUGUGCAGCGUAAAGCGCGUGCCGCCGCGGAGUGCAAUCUGCGUAAUGAGCGCAGAGAGAGGGCCAACCAAGCUCGGGUGUCCCAGGAGCUGAAGAGAGCUGCUAAGCGGACUGUGAGCAUCAGCGAGAUUCCAAACACUCUAGAAGAUGGGACCAGGGACAAGACUGUGCCUCUAGCUCCUGGCGAUACUCCUGAGUUCCUGGAGAGUGAGACUUGUGAGAAGUGGAAAAGGCCUUUCAGGUCUGCCUCGGCCACCUCUCUGACACUGUCCCGCUGUGUGGAUGUGGUGAAGGGGCUGCUGGACUUCAAGAAGAGGAGAGGUCACUCAGUUGGGGGUGCCCCUGAGCAUCGGUACCAAAGCAUCCCUGUGUGUGUAUCUGCCCAGAUUCCUACCCAGGCUCAGGAUGUCUUGGAUGCCCAUCUCUCUGAGGUCAAUGCUGUUUGUUUUGGCCCCAACAGCAGCCUCCUGGCCACUGGAGGGGCUGACCGGCUCAUCCAUCUCUGGAAUGUCGUGGGAGGUCGCCUGGAGGCCAACCAGACCCUCGAAGGAGCUGGUGGCAGCAUCACCAGCAUGGAUUUUGACCCCUCGGGCUCCCAGGUUUUGGCAGGUACUUACAACCAGGCUGCCCAGCUCUGGAAGGUCGGGGAGACACAGUCCAAGGAAACACUGUCUGGACACAAGGACAAAGUGACAGCUGCCAAAUUCAAGCUAACAAGGCACCAGGCAGUGACUGGGAGUCGAGACCGGACUGUGAAGGAAUGGGACCUAGGCCGCGCCUACUGUUCCAGGACCAUCAAUGUACUUUCCUACUGUAAUGACGUGGUGUGUGGAGACCACAUCAUCAUCAGUGGCCACAAUGACCAGAAGAUCCGGUUCUGGGACAGCAGGGGCCCCCACUGCAUCCAGGUCAUCCCUGUACAGGGCCGGGUUACCUCCCUGAGCCUCAGCCAUGACCAGCUGCAUCUGCUUAGCUGCUCCCGAGACAAUACACUCAAGGUCAUCGACCUGCGAAUCAACAAUAUCCGACAGGUGUUCAGGGCGGAUGGCUUCAAGUGCAGCUCUGACUGGACCAAAGCUGUGUUCAGCCCUGACAGAAGCUAUGCACUGGCAGGCUCCUCAGAUGGAGCCCUGUACAUCUGGGAUGUGGACACUGGGAAACUGGAGAGCAGUCUACAGGGACCCCACUGCGCUGCUGUCAAUGCUGUGGCCUGGUGCUUCUCUGGAAACCAUGUUGUGAGUGUGGACCAAGGCAGGAAGGUGGUGCUCUGGCACUAGAGACACAGUUUCCCUGUGUGGAUUGGAACACUCUUCUGAAGCCAGAAGCCAGAGAACAGCUGUCCUCUGAUAGGACUCCGGCACUGUGGUGCAGCACGCCUUUAAUCCCAGGACUCCAGAGCUGGGGUUUGGCUCAACUGUAACUUAUGCAAGGGCCUGGCAGGACCUGGCCUGUUUGUUUAAAAUCAAAGUGUGAGUUAGGGAUUACAAUUUUUUAAAAUCUCUAUUUGCUUAUCUUCCUCAAAGAGGAAAAAACCUGUA